CUGUGAUCUGUCGGAUCCUCUAUUAAUCUGUGGUCGGAUCGGAGCUAAGGCGGCUAAUCAAAGAAAUUGUGAUAUUAUUUGACGGAAAUUUAGGCAUUUUCAAUUUUCCAAAAUUAGUGAAAAUGGAAGAAGAAGGAGAAAGUAUUUUACUUCAAGAUAAUUAUUAUCAAUUACUGAAUGUGUCUAAGACGGCCACUUUGGAAGAAAUAAGCAGUGCCUACCGCCGCUUCUCGCGCAUAUUUCACCCAGACAAGCAUAGUGCAGAUCCAAACAAGCAAAAAUGGGCAGAGCAAAUUUUCAACAAAGUAAAGGAGGCAUAUGAAGUGCUUUCAGAUUCACACAAAAGGGCCAUAUACGAUACCCUUGGUAAAAGGGGCUUAGAAGUAGAUGGAUGGGAGGUGAUUUUCAGGACUCGUACACCUCGAGAGAUCAGAGAAGAAUAUGACAGACUAAAGAGGGAGAGAGAAGACAGAAGGUUGCAGCAAAGUGCAAACCCUAGGGGCACCAUAACACUUUCUAUUAAUGCAACAGACAUGUUUAUGAAAUAUUAUGAUGAAUAUGAUAUUUUAGAAGACUCGUCGAUAAUUCCAAGUAUUGAAGUAUCUGGUAUGACGAUUCAACAAUCGAUUGAUGCCCCCGUUACUCUCAGAAACACUGUCACAUUGUCGGGGAAUAUUUCCACACAAAAUGGCACAGGCACAGGUUCAGUUACCAUGUCCAAUAGACAUCUCAGCUCAGAACGGGGUUGGACUGAACUUGAAUGUGGUAUUGGGAAUGGCCCAGUGAUUGGUUUCAAGAUAUUUAGGACUUUAUCGAGGCUUAUGUUCGUUAACUGUGGCACUGGGCUGCAAUUCACAUCCAGAGGGAUUGUACCAAGCUUCGUGUCUAAUGGUCCUGUUCGUCGCAGACCAUCGUGGUGCCGAUCCACCUGUGCGAGGAGGUCAUUCCGGCGCCCGUGUUCUACGCCACAGUAGUGCCGGCUAUAUCAUGGUUGGUGCUCAAGAAACUAUUCCUCGACCCCAUCGCUAGGGAGCGUCGCGAGAGAGAACGCCAAAGAUCCAUGGAGGCGAACUUUGAGAGGUUACAAGAAAUGCAGAGACAAGCUAGAGCAACGAUCGAACUUAUGAGGGAAACAUAUUCUAGAAUAAGAAGUGAAGAGGAGAAAAAGAAGGGUCUCGUCAUUAUUCGAGCGAUCUAUGGAAAAUUGCCUGCAGGCGCCGAAGCUCAUGAAGUGAGCUCGGAGCAGACGGGCGACACCGGGUCGCCAGAAAGCCCCCUGCCUUACGCUGAAGUGAUAGAUGUCACUGUACCAGUGCAGUGUCUUAUCAAGGAUUCCAGACUGGAGUUGUUAGAAGCUAGCAAGUCUGAGCUGCCUGGCUUCUACGACCCAUGCGUGGGAGACGACAAGCACCUCACAAUCAAGUACAUGUUCCACAACAACCCGCACUGCUGCACCGUGCUGGACUCACAGGCGGUAGUACUCCCGCGCAAUAAUCAUCGAAUAAAAAAUAGAUCCUGAAGGUUAAAGUCCAGGCGCAGGUAAACUACGGUGGCGCCCUUUAGAAGUUACAAUGUAACACAUACAGAGAUAUACAGCCAAUGGACUCCGAUAUAUUAUUGGAUACUAUUUUUAAAAUAAGCGCAUCUUAAAUAGUAUUUUGGUUUUGCUAUCAUAUAGAGAAAGUUCGCGUUUAUAUUAUAUUUCGGAAAUUAUGGAGGGGUUAAAAUAAUAAAUAAAUAAGUGAAAGUUUUUCUUGAAAACGAGUUAUUGGUUAUUACUUUCGGAUUCUCCGCUAUAUGGUAUUAUUAAAAUAAGUACUUAAUGUAUUUUGCUGUACCUUUUAAAUUGACUGUGAAUGGUUGGGUUUCUAUGAUAACGUCACUGUAAUGCCUCCUCUACACUGACGAUUAUGUGCUCUGUACAUAACAAAAUUGUGAUAAAUGUGGAAUCCAGGGAUACAAUAUAUCUGAAAUAUUUUUAAACACUGCUAUUUAAGACCGUGAAUCAUGACAUCACGAAUGUUCAAUGACAUGUUAUUAACGUGAAAAAUUUCGCCACAUUUUGAACUGACUAAUAGCGAUCGUUAUUGAUGAAUAUCCCAGGCAUUUUACAUGAAAAAUUAAAAUUUAUAAUUCAAAUAGUAUGUACAAAUACAUACCAAUAAAUAAUAAAAAGAAAAACAUUUGGAUUUAAUUCGAAGUUUAUUUAUGCAUAUUCCCAUUAGUGUGGUUGUCUAUUGUGAUUGUUGGUGUAGAGAAGCCCUAAUAUGUAAUGAACUACCAGAUAGAUUUAAUACCUAAAACAACUAUUAUUAUUAUAAUCCCUUUAAGUUUCGAUAUUGGCAGUUAUUUGUAAUAUGCAGCUUCGAUUAUUGAGCAAAUCAUGUUAAAAUCAUUGGUCAAAUAAUCCAUAAACAUUCCAAUGUAAAGGAAUUUGUUGAUAGUCGUCAUUAAUAUUUACUAUUUUACGCACAAGUAGUUUUUUCGAAUUACCCCCAUACGUUAGCAGUGCAUAUAAGCAUGAAGCACUGCUUACCAAUUUAAACAUAUUUGACCCAUAUUUGGAGAAGUUGGCUGGUGGGAGGCUUCGGCUGUGGAUAGUUACCACCCUAUCGGCAAAGACGUACCGCCAAGCGAUUUAGCGUUCCGGUACGAUGUCGUGUAGAAACCGAAAUGUGUGUGGAUUUUCAUCCUACGCCUAACAAGUUAGCCCGUUUCCAUCUUAGAUUGCAUCAUCACUUACCAUCAAGUGAGAUUGAAGUCAAGGGCUAACUUGUGAAGAAUAAAAAAUAAGUUUCAUCAAUCGUAUACUGAACACCAACGCCUAUGGUGUGACGUCAGGAAUGAUGUUACUGCAUGCAUUGUUGAUACGUUGAAUUUAAUGCCAACUAAUGAUUAUAAAUAUAACGCAUUUAAGAUAGAUCCGUUUUUAAAGUAUAAUGUUACUCUAUAUAAUAUAUAAUUAUGACCAAGGCUAUUUAUUUAGCUAUUUAGUAGUUUAAUUUUACUUCGACUUAUAAUCUGUAUAAUGUAUAUAAAAGUAUAACUGACCGACCGACAAUAUGUUUUAAUGUAGUAUAAUACACAGCCCAGACUGGUGCUUAAUGAAUAUAUCCUUUAAUACAGUAAUAUAUUAGUACUUCUUUUAGUAUAAUGUAAUGCUUAUCCCAUUGAAAACUAUGCACGCCAUUGAUUGGUUUGUGGUGUGACAAGGCAGAUUUUUAAUAAUGACUGCAUGAUAGCCAGCUGCGAUCACUUUAUACAAGCAUUGCUUACCCUGGCUUAUUGUUUAAUUUAACAUUAUCAUGUGUUAUUAUUACUUAAAAGUAUUUAUCCGCAUAUAGUCGUGCAUAUCUGUCUUAUCCACGAAACGUCAGUUGUUUAAUAUAUUAGUGACAGAAAGAAAACGAUACUUUAUCAAUUGAAGAUGGAGCUCGACCAGUUAUAGAUGUUUGAAUUUAUGUAUGCUUUCGAUCAAUCUUAAAUCAAAUGAAAUUUAAUUGUAAAAAUAAAUGAUGAUUUUAAAUGAUUGACUAAGUUAUUGUAAAAAAAUAUAUUUUAUGUUUUUAAUCAUUUACUAUACUAUUUUUUUUAUUUAUAUUAAAUCAAAUUGAAUUUUAUUGGAAGUAAAUGAAAUGGUUGGAUGGUUGACUAAUUUUUUUGUUAUGUAAAUUAAAUGGAAUUUAAUGGUUGUCUAUUUAAAAAAAAUAUGUUUAUUUUUUUCUAAUCUUUGUUAAAAGUGGUAUUCAUUUUGGUAUCAACAAUGCAUGUAGUUGCUUGUAGUAUGCAUGUAGCAUGUAUACAAAGUAAAAAUACUGAAUUGGAUGGUAUUAAAAUAUAUAUAUAGUUUGUUAUGAAUCGAUGUUUGCAGUUUGUUAUUAGUUUAACAUAGCCUAGAUGUAGAAGUUCGUUAUUUUUAAAAAUUGUGGAAAAUUCCUACAAGUAAAAUUUUAGGUAUUUUCUUAAUAUUUUUUUUUUGACUAUAAGUCGUUCCUAUGUAAAAUACAGUAAAGUAUGUUGUUUCUUUUCA